AUGCCUCCUCCCAACCCCAUGCAAACGACCGGAGAUGCAGACUCUGCCUCCGAUGAUGAUCUCGAUCUCGACGAACUAGAUCCCAUUGUCAACUCUCCCCGUCGCUCGAAAGCCAACGCCUCAUCUGAAUCGGGUGCUCGCCGCCCAGCAAAUGCCUCCACAAAUAUUCCGCUGCACAGACUGCAGAAGUACGGCAGCAGUCGCUUAUGGCCAUCAACAGGCAAGCGCAGCAGAAUAGACGGCGGCACAGAAGACACGGAUGGGCUGUUAGGCGGCUGGUCCGGAGACACAAAUGGCAAUGGGCAUGUAAGACUGUGGUCGGAAGACCAAAUAGGCUGGAAUGUCAGACCGCAAAGAUACCAGAGGGUGAAUGGACAAGAGAGCAUCUCUCAGGGUCGGGACGCUCCCUCACGCCGCUCCAGUGUUCGUCAGAGUAUGCAAAUAUCGGACUUUGUCAGACAAGAGUUGGCAGAUAUGCGCGAAAACGAGGACCGAUUCAGCAGCCAGGAAUCCCGCGAGGUCAGCGUCGGCCAUGCUCAGAAGAAGAGAUUCCCCACGAACGUCGUGUCCAACGCCAAAUAUACGGCCUGGUCCUUCUUACCACGAACGCUGUACAACGAAUUUUCCUUCUUCCUAAACGUCUAUUUCCUCCUGGUCGCUUUGUCUCAAAUUAUACCCUUUUUGCGAAUCGGUUACAUGUCGACAUAUAUUGUGCCUUUGGCGGUGGUUCUGACGAUUUCAAUCGGGAAGGAAGCGGUGGAUGACAUCGUGCGGCGACGACGAGACGCAGAAGCAAAUGCCGAACUAUUUACUGUGUUGUCAUUCCCCGAUACAGCUCGGAACGGCGCGGUCGAAGUCCAGAAGCGGUCGCGAGAUAUCAAAGUUGGUGACAUUCUGAAGCUUGAGAAGAACCACAGAGUCCCCGCAGAUCUUGUUAUCCUUCAGAGUCAUCUGACAGAACUCACACUAGAUGCAAAGGGUGAUUCCACGGCAGCUCCUUCGGCCCAGGCCGCUGGUGAGACCUUUAUUAGGACAGACCAGCUGGACGGGGAGACUGACUGGAAACUGCGACUCCCAAGCCCGUUGAGUCAGAAUCUCAACUUAAAAGAUCUACAACGUCUCAAGGUCACGGCUGGUGCUCCCGACAAGAGAGUCAAUGAAUUCGUUGGGACCUUGGAGCUUCAACCAAGUCUGGCGCCCGCUUAUGAUCCCCAUGUGCUCAAAGACGAUCCGGCAGAAGACGGACCAAGCUCGAGUGACCUCGAUCGGUCUGCGGUCAAUAGACAAACCUCGGCGCCUCUGACCAUUGAUAACACGGCUUGGGCCAAUACCGUGUUAGCCUCCAGCACCAUAACUUAUGGUGUGGUCAUCUACACCGGCAGGCAAACUCGAUCCGCUCUGUCCACAUCACCAUCAAGGUCAAAAACUGGCCUUUUAGAAUUGGAAAUCAACAACUUGACCAAAAUCCUUUGCAUCAUGACCCUCACCCUUUCUAUCAUUCUCGUUGCACUCGAAGGAUUCGAACCAUCCAACAAGAAGCCAUGGUAUGUGGCGAUCACGAUCUACCUAAUUCUAUUUUCUACAAUCAUUCCAAUCAGCCUCCGUGUGAAUCUUGACAUGGCCAAAACGGUCUAUGCUUAUUUCAUCCACCAGGACAAAGGGAUUCCAGGCACAGUUGUCCGCACUAGCACUAUCCCUGAAGACCUAGGGCGAAUUGAAUACCUACUGUCCGACAAAACUGGAACACUCACCCAGAAUGAGAUGCAACUUCGAAAGAUCCACGUGGGUACGGUUGCAUAUGCAGGAGAGGCAAUGGAAGAAGUUGCCGCUUACAUUGACCAAGCAUUUGCAGCUGAUGGAAAUGAGGACAUGGGCGUCUCAGAACUGGGUACGACGACAAAGACUCGCCGAGAGAUAGGCGUCCGUGUCCGCGAUCUCGUACUCGCCCUUGCGCUGUGCCACAAUGUCACGCCUACUGCGGACGAAGUUGAUGGGGAAAGAGUAGUAUCUUAUCAGGCAUCGUCGCCUGAUGAGAUUGCCAUCGUCGAGUUUACCGAAAGUGUUGGGCUACGUGUCCUUCAGCGAGACAGGGAGAACAUUGUCCUGCAAUGCGUCUCUACGAAGCAGGUGGUCAUCCGAGCCGAGAUCAAAGACAUCUUCCCUUUCACCUCUGAAAGCAAGCGCAUGGGCAUCAUCGUACACCUCACCUCAGAACUACCCGGCCUGACACAUAUAGACGAGUUGUGGUUCUUCCAAAAGGGUGCGGACACAGUAAUGAGCUCCAUUGUGGCAGCGAAUGAUUGGCUUGAUGAGGAAACGGCCAACAUGGCCCGUGAAGGGCUUCGCACGCUCGUCGUUGGCCGCAAAAAGCUCUCACUAGAGCAAUACGAAGACUUCUCUUCCGAAUAUGCAGAUGCGUCGUUGGCAUUACAUGAGCGAGAUGCAGGGAUGGCUGCUGUUGUGAAGAAGCACCUUGAGCAUGACCUAGAGCUUUUAGGCGUUACGGGAGUGGAAGACCGUCUGCAAAAGGAUGUCAAGCCAUCUCUCGAACUCCUCCGCAAUGCCGGCGUCAAAAUAUGGAUGUUGACAGGUGACAAGAUCGAGACGGCACGUUGUGUGGCAGUUUCAGCUCGCUUGGUUGCACGCGGCCAGCAUAUCCAGACUAUGGCCAAGCUGAAAACCAAGGCGCAGGGCAAGGAUGCGUUAGAUGUGAUGCGCAAUCAGACUGAAUCAUGCCUACUGAUUGAUGGCGAGUCACUGGCACUCAUGCUCAGCCAAUUCCGGCAUGAAUUCAUCACGGUAGCAGUUCAGCUACCCGCAGUGAUUGCCUGUCGCUGUUCGCCAACACAAAAAGCCGACGUGGCGCACUUGAUUCGCAAACAUACCAAGAAGCGUGUCUGCUGCAUUGGGGAUGGCGGCAACGACGUCAGCAUGAUCCAAGCUGCGGACGUGGGCAUUGGUAUUGUCGGCAAAGAAGGACGGCAGGCCUCGCUGGCAGCCGAUUUCAGCAUUGAGCAGUUCUGCUAUCUCACGAAAUUGCUCGUCUGGCACGGCCGCAACAGCUACAAGCGGUCCGCGAAGUUGGCGCAAUUCAUCAUACACCGUGGGUUGAUCAUCAGCGUAUGUCAAACGAUGUAUAAUAUCGCUGGACAUUUCGACCCCAAGGGCCUUUUCAAGGAUUGGUUGAUGGUGGGCUACGCCACGGUUUACACCAUGGCACCCGUUUUCUCCCUGGUGCUCGAUCGAGAUGUGGACGAGCAUCUAGCCAAUCUCUACCCCGAACUAUACAAGGAACUCAAAUCAGGCAAGAGCCUGAGCUAUCAGACCUUCUUUACCUGGGUUUUGGUGUCGGUAUAUCAAGGGGUCAUUAUCCAAGGUCUGUCGCAACUCUUGGUCGGGGAGGUCGACGGGCCUCGCAUGCUCAGUGUCAGUUUCACCGUCCUCAUCCUGAACGAGCUCAUCAUGGUGGCUGUGUCGGUUACGACCUGGCACCCCAUCAUGAUUGUCUGCAUUGUCGGGACUGCGGUAUUUUAUGCGGCCAGCGUGCCCUUUCUCGGGGACUAUUUCAACUUGGCAUACGUGGCGAGCUGGAGUUGGGCCUGGAGAGUGGUUGCCGUGGGAGCGAUCAGUCUUGUGCCCGUCUGGGGCGGGAAGGUCAUCAGAAGGACGUGGAAACCGCCCAAUUAUCGUAAAGUGCAAGGCAUAUAG